CGUACGAGUCGCUAUACAUUUUCUUUAUAUCUUUGUGUUAACAAUAUGGGGCAAACCGGUUCGAAAAUUCAGUUCGACAGUAAUAAACCAUUGGGUAAAGGGGGUUUUGGCGAGGUGUAUUUAGGGGAAUACGACGGCAAUAAAGUCGCAGUAAAAAGAGUUGAUAAAAAUUUAGUUGAUGAACGUGAAAAAUACGCUAUGCAGGAACUCACGAAGGGACAAGGUCAUCCCAACAUCGUCAAAUUGUUUUGGUGUGAACAUGACGUUAAGUACUGGUACUUUGCUUUGGAAUUAUGUACUGCAUCAUUAGAUAAAGCGUUCCUGGACCGUGGCGACGACAAAAAAUAUAACGGACCUCUACCACCCCAUAUCGACAUGUUUCUUCAACUAGCUGCCGGUCUCAAAUACAUCCAUUCAAUGAACUUUAUUCAUCAAGAUAUUAAACCACAAAACAUUCUUAUUUCGGUGCGAAAUGACGGCCAAAAGGAAGAGAUAACAAUCAAAUGGGCAGACUUUGGACUGUCUAAACCAGUCAGUGAGCGGGGUACUUGCGCCACAAGCGUAAUCUGUGGGACACGUUAUUGGUAUCCUCCCGAAAUAUUGAAACUUUUGGUGGAAGGAAAAGCAGAUAGUCGUGGAAACGUAAAGAGCGAUGUUUUUGUACUUGCCCUCGUCUUUGGGUAUCUUCUCCUGAAGGGAAAACAUCUCUACGGUUCUAAUGAAACACAAGUUGAAAGGAACAUCCUAAAAAAUGCUCCAGUCAACAUGACAGAAAUUGGCGGCGCAUUACGCCAACUUUACGAGCACAAUCUACUUAGAAAAAUGUUGGAAGACGAACCUAAAAACAGGAUGUCGUCAACUGAAGUCUUCAAAGAACUAACAUCCAUCAAGCAAAAGCUUGCUGCAAAAUAGAAACUACGUCAACCUUGCGACACUAAGGAAGUAUAGAGUAAUCGUUCCUACCGUUUCUUGCCCACGUUCUCCAGAUCGAUUUUCAAACCAUAAGUAUAAUGGAACCACUGCUAUCGAAUUACCACAAUUCAAUAAUUAGUUGUAGGAAGGCCGAGUGUGAAAUUUUAUCCUUUAAGUAAAAAACAAGGUCAACAUGA